GAGAGAGAGCUUGCUCGCUUGGCCAGUCAUGGCUUUCCCAAAGGAGUACCUUGAUCUGGUCCUGUUCCCUAGUGGGCUAAUUCUCAUGUUUGGAUACCAUCUCUUCCUCCUUUACAGGUACCUCAAUCUCCCCCACACCACAAUCUUUGGCUUUGAGAAUCACGACAGGAGAGCUUGGGUUGAAAAUGUCAUGCAGGCAAGGCAAUCCUCUUAUUUCUUCCUUGUUCUCUGGCCCUUUCACACACUUACCACUGGGUUAUUCGGUUCUACUUCUUUAAAGGGCUUUUCAAUUAGAAGUCCUAAAUCUAGCAGGGACACGGAGAAGAAGGAGAAUGCUCUAACCGUGCUUGGAUCCAACACCAAUGCAGCCACUUUCCUUGCAUCGGUCUCCCUCACUCUGAGCUCACUCAUCGGGGUGUGGAUCGCAAGCAACUCAGGCAUCUUCCAAAGUGGAUUGGUCUACGGCGACACCAGGCCCUCCACCAUCUCCAUCAAGUACAUAAGCCUCUUGAUAUGCUUCAUCCUGGCCUUUUCAUGCUUUGUUCAAUCAGCUAGGUCCUUCAUCCAUGCCAAUUAUCUUGUGAGCUUUGAGAACACAACUCUACCGGCCAAAUACGUGGAAUUGACGGUGAUUAGGGGUAGUGACUUUUGGUCACUUGGGCUUAGGGCCCUCUACUUUGCCAUUAACUUGUUGCUAUGGUUUUUUGGGCCUGUACCCAUGUUUGCUACCUCUUUGUCCAUGGUGAUCCUCCUCUAUUACCUUGACACCAAUACGACGCCGCUGCACCGCCACCGGUCUCCAGGAAAGCAAUUGGUUGUCUCU